CGACUUGAUCUACUAAAACCAUGUUCUUUAAAGUUCUCACCGUGGCAGUCCUUGUGGCUUUUGCAUGGGCCGAGCCUCCACCUUCCUACCACCCUCCACCUUCCUACAACCCUCCACCUUCCUACAACCCUCCACCUUCCUACAACCCUCCACCUUCCUACAAGGCUCCCGCCCCAAGUGGUCAUCCUAAGUACGACUUCAACUAUGCCGUGAAGGACGACCCUUCAGGUAACGACUUUGGACAUCAAGAAUCCCGUGACGGCUACAAUACUCAGGGGAACUACUACGUGUUGCUUCCUGAUGGUCGUCUGCAGAGAGUUUCAUACACUGUGAACGGUGACUCAGGCUACGUGGCUCAAGUGGUAUAUGAGGGUGAAGCCCAGUACCCAGCCUACCAGCCCAGCUACAAGCCUGCCCCCGGCUAUGCUUAA